ACUAUAUUGUGUCUCUGAGCGUUUUGCUUCGACUGAGGGGGGAGGGGGAAACGGGACAACACCUACCCUUGGACUAGGAGACCCAGGCUCCUCCCACCUGCUCCGGAGGUGUCUAAUAACGUCUCUGAACAGGUUGCUUCGAAAAAUAGAUUUGCAAUGACACUGAAUUGAGAGGAAAAUGUUCCCGCUAAAAGACGCCCAGCUUGGAGCCUUCACUUUUUUUGCCUCAGCACUUCCACACGACGUGUGCGGCAGCAAUGGGCUUCCGCUCACCCCAAACUCCAUCAGGAUUCUGGGACGAUUCCAAAUCCUCAAGGCCAUCUCACAUCCCCGGCUCUGCCAAUACGUGGACAUGUUGCGUGGCAAACAUGAAAGGCUGGUGGUCGUUACAGAGCAUUAUGAGAGAGGUCUGGAAGAGCUAUUAAAGGAAGGAAAGCCAACCAGUCCUGGAAAGGUGCUCCAAAUCGCUUUUGAGGUGUUAGAAGGGCUGGAAUACAUGAACAAACACAGCAUGGUUCAUCAAGCACUUGCACCACACAAUAUUCUUCUGAAUUGUGAGGGUCAUGUUAAGUUGGCGAAGUUUGGACUGUAUCACAUGACUGGUCACAAUGCUGAUGUUGACUUCCCUAUUGGGUAUCCUUCAUAUUUGGCACCUGAGGUCAUUGCUCAGGGCCUGGUCAAGUCCACUGAUCACAAUCAGAGCGACAGGUCAUCACCUUCGGGUCCUAAGGCCGACGUGUGGUCUCUCGGUGUCAUACUCUUGGAACUUUGUGUGGGUCACAAACUGCUCCAGAAUGUGGAUAUUUCUGAACGGCUAAAAUUUAUCCUAAAUCUAGGUUGUGUGGAUGAUAUCUUGACUGUGAUAUCAGAAGAGCAUGGCUGCUUGGAGAUUACCAUGGACUUACCCAAAGAUGUUCAAACACUGUUGAAAAAAUGCCUGACCUUUCACCCAUCCGAAAGGCCAACUCCAGCUGAACUGCUACAAGACAGUGUAUUCGCUGAAGUUUCUGCUUUGUACAAGCCGUACCGCAAACCUGAUGGUCUCUUUACAUCCUCUCUGCGUUGUGCUGAUUUAAUCAUUCCUGAGGACCUGGGCACAUUCUACAAAGAUGAAGAUUAUCUUUCAGAAAGAUCUAUUGAUGAAGUCUAUUAUCUGUGGUGUUUGGCUGGAGGGGACUUGGAGAAGGAACUUACAAUCAAAGGAAUCAUUCGCUCCAAACCUCCAAUUUGUACAUUGUCAAACUUUAUAUUGGAAGACGGAGAAAGUUUUGGGCAAGUGAGGGAUAGAAGUUUCCUCUUGGAUGAUACCACACUGACACUGCCAUUAUGCCAACUCAGAAAUAGAUUAAAAGAUGUCGCCGGAGAAGCGUUUUAUCCUUUGCUGGAAGAUGAGCAGUCGACUAUAUCACCUUCCAACAGCAACCAUGACCUUACUGCAGCAGCCACCCUGCCUCUCAUUAUAAGAGAGAAAGACACUGAGUACCAGCUGCACCGAAUUAUUCUUUUUGACAGGCUGCUAAAGGCAUAUCCAUACAAAAAGAAUCAAAUUUGGAAAGAAGCAAGAGUAGACAUUCCUCCACUAGUACGCGGUUUGACCUGGGCUGCGCUACUUGGCAUAGAGGGUGAUAUCCAAGCAAAAUAUGAUGCAAUUGACAAGGAUACACCAAUACCCACUGAUCGACAGAUUGAAGUGGACAUCCCACGCUGCCAUCAGUACGAUGAGCUGCUGUCAUCACCAGAGGGUCAUAGAAAGUUCAGACGUGUGUUAAAGGCUUGGGUAGUCUCCCAUCAGGAACUAGUCUACUGGCAAGGUUUGGACUCCUUGUGUGCACCAUUCCUGUAUCUGAAUUUCAACAACGAAGCCUUGGCGUAUGCUUGCAUGUCUGCCUUUAUUCCUAAAUACCUGUAUAACUUCUUUCUGAAGGACAAUUCUCACGUCAUACAAGAGUAUUUGACAGUGUUUUCCCAGAUGAUUGCUUUUCAUGACCCAGAGCUGAGUAACCAUCUCAAUGAGAUUGGCUUCAUUCCAGAUCUUUAUGCCAUUCCAUGGUUUCUCACAAUGUUUACACAUGUGUUUCCACUACACAAGAUCUUCCACUUAUGGGACACAUUACUCUUGGGCAAUUCCUCAUUCCCAUUCUGUAUUGGGGUAGCUAUUUUGCAACAGUUGCGAGACAGACUACUGUCCAAUGGAUUCAAUGAAUGCAUUCUACUGUUUUCAGACUUACCAGAAAUUGACAUUGAACGUUGUGUGCGAGAAUCUAUCAAUCUUUUCUGCUGGACACCAAAAAGUGCUACAUAUAGACAGCACGCCCAACCACCUAAACCUAUAUCUGAUGGCAAUGGAGUGUCCCGACCAUCAUCCUACUAUUCUGCAGACUAUCAGGACUUGCCCAAGACUGAUCUCUCUCGUGAGUCCAUUCGAUUAUAUGAACUGAAGACUGAAGUAUCACCACGGAUUUCUGCAGAGGAUCUGAUUGAUCUUUGUGAAUUGUCGGGACCCACAAGCUCCAAGAUGCCCACCAAAAAGACAAAAUCGGGGAAGCCUAAACUUCUAGUGGUGGAUAUUCGCAGCAGUGAGGAAUUCACUCGUGGCCACAUCAGUGGUAGCAUAAACAUUCCGUACAGUUCUGCCUUCAGCCUGGAUGGUGAGCUGAUCCAGUGUGCCUCCACCAGCUUGCUGCAGAGUUUUAAGGGGCGCGUUGUUGUCAUUGUGGGGAACAUCGUCAGGAACGCAGCUGAUUUCACAGCUCACUUAGUGAAGCUGGGUUACCCGCGAGUCUGCAUCUUGGAUGGAGGCAUCAACAAGAUGAAGCCAACUGGGCUCCUCAUGGUCCCAUCUCCUCAGAUCUGAAUCUUUCCGCCCACAAUAGAAGGAAAAAUUCGGACCGUACUGAGACAACGACAGCACCAGCAUUAAAGCAAGAGGAACACUGGCACUCCAACUUAAAACUCCUCUCUGUGAAUCAUUAGCUGUGCAUACUCAGUAACUUGUGACGUAAUUACACAGUCAAGUUUGACACGGAUGGUAACCCAGUAGAUAAUGUGAAGGAUGGUGGUUUCUGAUGUCCAGCACUGAUUGAGCGAGGGUAUACAUCUGAGUGCCGUUCAGCUAUCAGACUCAUUGUGUAUCAAAUCUUCUGUGUUUCUACAAAAAUUAGACUCUGUCAAUGAUUGUGAACAGUGAAUUCAAUGGAAUAUUCCAACACCAUCUUUAUUUAAAGACUAUACACCAAA